AUGAAGAACUCACCCGUCCGAUUAGAGUCUUUGGCAACGGGUGAAAUCAUGCCAAGAAAGCUUGAUAAGUCGAUCGCGUUUUCGCCUUCUCACCGGAUUGUGGUAAACAGAAGCCGUGCGUCGUUGAACACUUCGUUAGAACUUACAACUGUCUUGCUUCACGAAGACAGUUGUAGUCAAGGCUCCACCGCUUCCGGAGAUUCUUGUGUACUUGCUAUCGAUUGGAACGAUGCAGAUAUUUGCCGAAACAACGAUACAUUUAACGUGGUUCCCUUCCUUCGACACACGUUUGAUAACCGCGUUCAUUUGGCAGAGGCCAUGGACGAACAUCAACGAGGAAAAGAUGAUUUUCCUCGUUCCACUGUGCGCAAACGAAUGGAAAGUUGGAGCGUUCGACCAUCCCUUAUUCGUAUCCCUUCUUUAUCUUCAACCCCAGCGUCUGCGAAGAGUCUUGGCAGCUUCUCCUUCCCUAGCAACGACGACCUCACCCUUAGAGCACUGCCGUGUGCGACAUCCGCCAAGAGUCUAGGAUCAUUCACUUUUCCCACUGAUUUAGCUUUGGAAUUUGACGUUCCAACGCAGCCGCUAUUAUUAUCUGCCGACAGAGGCUCUGGGUUUGACGAUUCCAAUAAGGAUUCUUGCCCUUCGCACCGCGUAUCUUUCGCCAGAAUGAAGCAGUAUCGGGAGCGCUCGUACUGGAAACAUAUGUUUUUGAGACAAAUGAUUGCUGGUCCACAUUCAUUGAAAACUGCGGAAUCAGGCCUUCAUCUUGGCUGGGCCCAUCAUCAAGCAGGUGAAUUAUGUCAAGCCGAGGCAGCAUUCCAGAUCUCUUACCGUAUCUACCAUCGUCAGAGGAAACGACUGGGGAUGGCACAGGCGUUGGAGGGCGCAGGGCUUGCUGGAAGCCGUGUAGACGCCAUGGACGCCGCUGACCGCGGUAUGGAUCACUUGGAAGAAGCUUUGCGUAUUCGGCUAGAGGAACUCGGUCCGACGCAUGUUGAUACUGUGCAAGUCAUGAAUCAUUUAGGACAGGUGCAUUUUAACGCCGCUAACUUUUCACAGGCGCACCAUUGCUAUUGGGAAGUUUUUUGCGUACGCAAAAUGGUGUUUGGCCCGAAUCACCCUUCGGUGGCGGUGGCUGCUCACGAUCUCGCAAAGGUCACCGAGUCUCUUAGUGCAUUGCCGGACGCGGCCAAUUUUUACAACAUUGCCAUGGAAAUAUAUGAAAUAAUGGGCUUGCCUGACUCAAACCCGGCGGUUGCACGACUCUUGAGCGAUGCGAGACGGUUGGAACGACUCCAACAAUUUACUUGCACAUGA